AAAACACCCUAUAUACCCGUGACGUUCGAAGAUAAGAGUAGUUGCACGAUAAAUUCUUAAACGUUAUCACAGAAAUUAAUGAGCUGACGAUAUCUGCAUAUCCAUUUUCUUAUGACCUUCAUACCAGUAUUUGUAAAUAUCCGAUAAUUCGAUCAUGAAUACAAUACGUUUGCUGUUUAUUUUCCGCGAAUAAUCGCGUAGUACGAAAGCAGCUUAUUCAAUGUCUCUUCUCUAUACAUUUUGCUUUUGUUUUGCUAUAUGUAGAGCAAAGUAUAGAGUACACCCUACACAUGUAUGUACAUGUAUAUAUAUGUAUAUACAUAUAUCGUUGGUAGUUGGUUACGACAGUCGGCAGUUGUCAGACGUGUUACUGUCGAUAGUGACAUUCAUGACGGCGUUUGACAAGAAACGGAGGUUUCUCGCUUAUCCAUUUGAAUACAUCGAUGUCGUCAUUUGCCCGACAAAGCGAAACAACGUCGUUGUUGACUCGUUCGAGCUUCGACUUGGACCAAGUGAUCAUCUCGGAGAGGUAUCGAUUCGGCAAAAAAGUACCCAUUUCGACCCUAUGUCGAGCUUGUGGAAUCGAAGGGCAAAGCAUUGUCGAAUAAUAACCGACAAACGACGAAAAGCAUACAAGAUUUCAUCGACGAAGAAAAUGACCGCGAUUCAUACUCGGACUCCAAGUCGGACGUGUUGUACGUGGAAUAUGAAGAGGAUGAAGUAGAAAGAGAAAGUAUCGCGCGAAGACAACGAGCGAAAUCCAUCGACGCACCACGUCACGUCUUAUCAUUGGUGGAAAGAUGGCGCGAAUGGCAGGUUAUUUCGCUGUAAAGUAAAUCGAGAUAAGCGACGAUCAUUUGAUUCGCGUUGAUGUCUGCGGUGUAGCGACGUAACGCGGUUCGGCCAACUUUCGAAUUUCAAAUCAGCCGAUUUAGUAAACGCGUUGAGCCGCAAACGCCGUGAUCGUUUCCCAAAAGAAAUCGAACAAUCUCGAUUAAUUUAGAAAAUGGCAGCGGCCGCAAUUAUAGCGCGAUCCAAAGACACGUCCCUGAAAAAUCAGAAAGGAAGGAAAGAAGACCAAGCUUCGCCGGAAGAAAAAGUAGAUGAGUCUGCUGGCAGAGCAGGAAUCUUCGAUGUAGAUAAAAUUAGUCGGAUGGAGGAUAUCAGGGAUCUUAUGAUAAAAGACAUGCAAGAGGAGAUUCGUUUGGAACAAUAUGACAAGAAACGAAAAACGGAAAUGGAAGCGGAAGAAGCGACGAUCCGGCAGAGACAGCUGAAGCAGACAAGUGUCAUACUUUCUCGACAUUGGACAGCGUACGCGAAUAACAUAUUGACUCUGAAACAAGAAGAGAACUGGGCACGGUACAUGACUUGCGAUGGUCUACCAGAUCCUGGUUCGUUGUCCGACAUGAAUACAUUUUUGUUUCUUUGGCCGUUGAGUGACAAAGAAGCUAGUAUGAAUACCAUAGAGGAUAAGUGUCGAGUGAUCACACACCUGUUGAGCAAGAUCGAUCGAAUUAUUCGCUUCUCCACGAUCGACUCGAAGGAAUACGUGGUCGAAUGCGAAUCGAUCGCUACUAAGCUUCGAAUCGAACUUCAACGAUGGAUAGAUCUCGCGUGCUACCGAUUGCUACGUAACAUCGAGGCUAACAUGAUCAGAGAAGACAUGAAAACUACCAGAUACGUUCGUGCGACGAACAAAGCAGUGUGUUGCGUUUGGGCUCCUAUCGCGUUGCCGAUAGGACUGAAACGACAAGGAGGGGAUAUAGAACGAUCGUCGUUAAUCGCACACGGAAAGUCGGUCGAAAUAGAAUUCGAAGAAAUGAAACUGACGAUUAAGAUGCCGAGCGAUUUGGACUGCCAUCGUAUGGCGAUUAGAGGUCUUUGGCUUGCUUACGAUCAUUACUCGAUCGAAGCUAAUUCCUAUCGCAUGCCCCAACUACCAGAAAAUUUGUUCGAUCUGUGGAAUCCAUCGCUAGAUCUUCUGGAAUACUCGACAAGACAGUAUGAAGAAAAGGUUCGAUUACACGAGGAACAAGCGGAAGGACGACGUUUACGUCUAGAGGAAAAGAAAGCGAUACUGGAAAGAAUGGAAUAUCCUCCGGUUUCACCGCGGCUGGAUAAAAGAAGGAAACGAGGUAAAAAGGAGAAAAAAGCACAUUCGGCGAAAGAUUACCAGUUGGAAUUCGAAUCCACGUUGACUUCGGUGUUGCCUUCGAAAACGGAGCUAUUACCCUAUCUGCCGACCCCGAACGAGAUACUUGAUGAGAGGGAAGAGAAAACAAUGUCGGAAAGCAGAAAGUUACUCUUUACUCGAUGCGAAACGACAGAAGUGAAUUUGCGAAAAUAUAGGAUCCUCGGUGGAGUAUUUCGCGUAGAUCUCCUCUAUCAACCGCCACAACCAAAAGAUCUCGGAAAAGAGACUUACUUAACUACUCUUGAAUUACCGAAGGAGCCGAAAUUCGUACCGUUUCUUAGAUCAUACGAGACACCUAAGGCACCACUGGAGUCCGAGAGAACGCCGGAAGUCAUCGAAGCUGAAAUGAAAGCUCUGGAACUAGCGAUGGAUGCGCUCGUCUUGCUUACACUCAAGCUACCCGAUACGGUGUUCUGGUUCGAACCACCGGUGGUCGCCCAUUGGUUACCAGAGAAAGAAAUGUGGUCAACGAAACACGUACACGAUGUUAAAUUCAACGAGGAGAAACAAACGAUCACGUUUCGUACCGGAAGAUUAGGAAUCCAUGGAUUAGCUGGCUACAAAUACGCGAAUCUUCCGUUUCAAAGUUGGGAAUUGAAACCGGAAAUGGGAAAAAGCGGACGAGAUCAUGCCGGGGUGGUUCUCAGCAUUACAGCUGCCACGAUUCAAGCCGAGUUCGUUGUCAGGGAAGAUCGAGUUUGUUUGAACUCACUUACCGGUGCCGCGUCUACUCCGAUUAAGGAAAUUAUCGGUGAAUAUUUCGAAUUGGAAUGCUUGAUCGAGCGAUUGCAACAAGUUGGAUGCGACCUGUUUCCAGAACGGGACGCUGCCAGCUAUUUAAAAGGACUCUCGAUCAAACACCCGAUCGCUGAGAAACACUUGAGAAAGUGUAUGGCUCUAUUGUCUACCUCUUAUAUUUUUUCUUGGUCUCGAUGGAACGCGACUCGCAGCUUUCGAGAAAUAGUUUUGCAGUUUAAAGAGGUACACGGUUGCAUCGCAAAACAGCGUACGAACCUGACGGUCUUGGUAACAUCUUCGCGGACAAUGCGCAUACGGUGUACCGAGGUCAGUUCCGAAUUCUCCGACUUACCACUCGAUGACGAAGAAGACAUCAAGUUUUACGCCGACCUUUAUCAAUUGGCGUUGAACACCGCCGGGAUCAAGACUCGACUACUGACGGAACGGAUGUCGUAUAAAUUAGCGUCGACGGUUACUCAACUUCUCGAACGUACCAACGUUAUCAGCUUGUCCUCUUAACUCGAACGAGCUGCAAAUAAGGACACUUGGCUGUCGGUGCAUCGAAAAUGGAAAAAGGGCAAUAAGAUUGGAUGACGAGAGUUCGUUUCCCAAACGAAAUUCUCUUUAUUCGGAUAUACAACGUUAUGUCGAGCAUCAAGCGAUAUUCAGGAAAUAAUAAACGCCUCCGUUCGAUCAGUUUGUCAACGAUAUAUCAGUUUGUAAAACGAUAUUUGACUCGAAGGAAACACACAGCGAUAUCGAGCUUAUAGUUAAGCGAUAAAGAGUUAAUCGAUGCGCUUCGUCGUUGGGUCGAGGGUCGAAUGAAAGAGAAUGAGGUAGCAGAAUGAUGUAGGGUAGAGAUUGCGCGACCGAGUCGGUUGCUGGAAUGCUCGGGACGAAGGGCAAGA